GAAUUGGUACAUAAAGAUAUCAAACAGAUUAAAAUUGUUGUGUUUGCUUCUUGUUUAAAAACUUCGACUCUUCAACCGUUCAGAGAUUACUCCAAUGGCAAGAAAGGCAGUCCAUGCAAGGCCUGCACCGACCCUGUACGUGGUUUCAAUGGUUGUGCUAGGUUUAGCAAGGCUUUUGUUUUUUUCCACCUUGGGGACUAGUGGUUGGCGCUCAGAUGAGGUUGUGCUUAGCUGUGGAGAUAGAGCUGGAGGCUGUGGCUGUAAAGGUGGAGUUAGCGGCGGUGCGUGUGACCAUGCAUGAAGAGAAGUGGGCAAGUUCUUGACAUAGGGUGGUAGAGAAAUAGUGAACUCAAGAUGGAAGCCAAUUUAGGACAGAAAAUCUUGGGUAUAGGAAACAACUCAGAAAUGGUGGAGGAAAAUAUCUUCUUCACAAUAUACUUCUGGAAGAAGU